AUGUUGGAUACUAUGUCCAAAGUAUCAAACUUAUUAGUGACUGCUUAUAUGCACAGAGGCAAUAUAGCUGAACUUCUAAAAAAAAAGAUUAUGGACGCAAUAUACCAAUACGACACAAAUGAAUCGGCAAAGGGUACUAUAAAUAACUUACAAUAUAAUUUACAAUGCUGCGGAUCCUACGGACCAAGUGACUGGAGAGCUGUAGUCCCGUAUUCAUAUGUUUGCUUAAAAAGUGAAAGAGUAGUUCAUUAUGUUCCAAACUCUUGUCAGCAAAACGAAAAUGAAGAAUGCUUCAGGAGUACUUAUCAAACGGGCUGCUACCAAAAAUUAGUUAGCCUUCUGAAUGACAGUGCUUUUCAUCUUAUUGUUGGGACUGGUAUCAUCGGUCUUCUGCAGAUGGCUGGAAUAAUAUUUGCUUGCCUGCUAGGGCAUAAGAUUAUCAAACAGAAGACGAAUCAGAAGAUGUCGAUGUGGCAAAAGCAAUUGACUCUAGAGGGCAUUCAUGUACAUUUCAAUAAUAUGAAUCAAUAA